UAAGGGAGAUAACAAGAAAGUCAAAAAAAAAAAAAAAAAAAAAAAACAUUGAACCGGGCCCGGCCCGGCCCGGCCCGGUUAGGCCCCGACCCGGUAUCAACCCGGGCCGGUUCCGGGCCCAUGUAACCCGAAAAAAAGCCCGCCCGGGCCCGGCCCGGAACCGGAACCGGCCCGGCCCGGGUCCAUCCCUACUUGUGAAGAAUUGGCGCAUGCCUUGUCAUCGGAAAUAAAUAAAUACUAGGCAUAUACUUAAAAGAAAAAGAACUAAAAUGAAAUAGAUUUCAGUGUAAUGGAAGGAGAAAAGAUAGAAAUGGAGGGAGGGGACGGCGAUACAAAGAAACGAGCUGAAGAAAGUAGCGAGUCUGCUGGUGGGGUCAUCAAGAACUUCAUCUCCGCCUUUGUGUCCGGCGGCGGUGGGACAAAGGAAGAAGAAGAAGAGACGGAGGGGAAUAAUAUUAUUGAUUUAGUUGAUGAUCAAGAAGGCGCCCGUAGCGAAGGAGAAAGAGGAGGAAGAAUCAACGGUUUGAUUUCUAACUUCUUCAGCCACGUCUCGGGAGACGAUGGGGAGGAGGAAGAGAAGAGGAGCCACGCGGAUGAGGAUGAGGACAAGAGCAGUGAUACGGAUGGUAGAGGCGGAGGAGGAGAUGUGCAGCAAAAUGACCACAGCGGCGGCGGAGGCGUUAUAGAUAGUAUUAUCUCGCACUUGCCAAAUCCUCUCUCGGCAGAAGGCGUCUAUGUUGAUCCAUUCGCUUGUCCGCGACUAACGGUGGCGACUUAAUUACCAGAAUCAUCUACCGUCAGGGGCUCACGGCAUCAAGUCUUUGUAUUUUGCAUUACAAUUAUUGAAGAUUCUACUCAUCAUUUUAACAUCAAUUUGCAGUACACUACAAUAAUAUGGAGU